AUGAGCACCACAAACAACCCAAAGCUGAAAGCAGCGAUUCUCAUCGUAUCGGAGACAGCAUAUCAAGACCCUUCGACCGACAAGUGCAUACCUGUUCUCAAAGAAGUCUUCGGCAACCUCGGAAACGACGGAUGGGACAUCGCGGAGACCGAGAUCGUGCCAGACAAUGUACUCGCAAUUCAGAAGACCAUCAGGUCUUGGACUGAUGGUGCAGAACCUAUUAAUUUGAUCAUCAGCAGUGGCGGGACUGGGUUUGCUACGAAAGAUGUUACUCCGGAAGCGAUAACACCACUGAUAGACAGACACGCGCCAGGGCUCGUUCAUGGCAUGCUCACGACCUCAUACGCCGUUACUCCGUUUGCAUUGAUGGCAAGACCCGUGGCCGGCACCCGGAAACAGUCUAUCAUCAUCACUUUACCUGGAUCGCCAAAGGGUGCGAAGGAGAACUUGGAAGCUAUCAUCAAGUUGCUCCCGCAUGCAUGCAUCCAGGCAGCUGGUGCAGAGUCGAGACCACUUCACGAAGGUGGCGUAAAGAAGCUCGAAAAAGAUGCAGAUAUCUCAUCUGUUGGCACAUCUGCAGGCCCAAGUGGCGGCCAUCACCAUCACCACCACCACCAUGGACACGGUCAUUCCCAUGGCCAUGGUGGGCAUGCCGGAGUGCAGCCACAUACGAAGCCAGAAGACCGACCACAGUCGAACGACCCUAGCGCAGGACCAACUCGCAGAUACCGGUCAUCCCCGUAUCCUAUGCUUGCAGUCGACGAUGCGUUGAAGCUAAUCGCAGAGCAUACGCCUGCUCCCAUUGUGGAGAAAGUUCCUGUGAAUAUGAAGCUGGGUGGAUCAGUACUUGCAGAAGACGUCAAAGCUACAGAGUCCGUUCCGGCUUUUCGAGCGAGUAUUGUCGAUGGUUAUGCCGUUAAGAUUCCAUCGUCCGGAAAGUUCGAGAAGGGCGUUUAUCCUGUCGCCAUUGUUUCGCACGCUCAAGCCGGCGAUGUAAAGGAGCUGAAAGAAGGAGAGCUUGCCCGAAUCACCACCGGAGCUCCUCUUCCACCCGGCGCUGAUGCAGUAGUCAUGGUCGAAGACACAGUACUGAAGAGCCAGACAGAUGAUGGUAACGAGGAGAAAGAGGUCGAAAUCUUGACAGAUGAGAUCAAACCUGGUGAGAAUGUACGCGAGGUGGGCAGUGACGUGAAGGAAGGAGAGACAAUACUGAAGAAGGGAGAAGGCGUUACUGUUGUGGGUGGCGAGUUCGGGCUGCUUGCAUCGGUGGGUACCAGAGAAGUUUCUGUCUACAGGAGACCUGUCGUAGGUGUCUUGAGCACAGGCGACGAGAUCAUCCCACACGACAGAGAAGGAUCACUGCGUCUGGGCGAAGUACGAGACACAAACCGCCCGACGCUUAUUACAGCAGCAAGAAGCCAUCGCUUCGAAGUGGUUGAUCUCGGUAUCGCAUCUGACAAACCUGGCACUCUUGAAGAAACCCUGCGCAACGCUCUCCUGAAGUGCGACAUAAUCAUAACCUCAGGAGGCGUCUCCAUGGGCGAACUUGAUCUUCUCAAGCCUACAAUCGAGCGCUCGCUCGGUGGCACAAUCCACUUUGGCCGCGUAGAUAUGAAGCCUGGAAAACCCACAACCUUUGCUACUGUCCCCACGAAAGCUUCCGACGGCUCUCGCAUCUCCAAAGCCAUCUUUUCCUUGCCCGGCAAUCCAGCUUCGGCUGUGGUAUGCUUCCACCUCUUCGUUUUGCCAGCGCUGCAUCAGCAGGCUGGUAUCACUCCGACCGGACUACCUAAAGUGAGUGUCGUGCUCGAUGAGGAUGUCAAGAUGGACAAGGGAAGGCCGGAGUAUCAUCGUGCGCUUAUUGUUGCGAGGGAUGGGGCUAUGUAUGCUAGUUCCACUGGAGGACAGAGGAGUAGCAGGAUUGGAAGUUUCAGGGGUGCGAAUGCGCUGUUGGCUAUGCCGAUGGGAGAGGGUAGCAUGAAGAAGGGGGAGAAGGUAGAUGCGCUCUUGAUGGGGAAGUUGGGAUAG